UUUGAGGUGUCAAAUUAUAUACCUGUAGUCAUGCAUAACAGCUAUCAGCCCUUAAAGCCUGCAAGCAACAAGCUUCUCAAAAAGCGGUGGGAUGGGGCAGCCCAAGAAAUGCAUCGUAAAAAAGUGUCUGGAGCGAAAUCAGUUGUGGAUACCGGAUCACCAGCAACCUACACUCACCUCCAAUAUAAAAUGAAAAAAAUGCAGCUAGAAGAGGAGCGACACGCUAUAGUUGAUCGUGAUAACAGGCAUUUACUGGAGAAAAUGAGCGCCAUAAUGAGGACAAGGGGCCGAGUUGAUAACUGGAAUGAUUACCAACCAAAGAGUUUGAACAAGACCAAGAGAACAAGGGAGCUCAUCCGAGUGACGUUGGAAAAUCAGAAAAUCUUGGCACGUAUCCAAGCAAAGCAGCCACAGUACAGCGCCAAAAAAUGGGAAGAAAGUUGGAUGGAGACUAAGCGGUUUAUGAAGAGUGUCCGAAAAUAUUCAGACGAUUGGUAUCAACUGCAAGAGGCAGAGAGGAGGCAGGCUAGCAAACAGCCAUCCAGAGCAGCUUCAAGUCACGCUAGAGCAACCACUGCAGCAGAAGAGAGGGAUUCUGAAGAUGAGUAUGAGGAAGAGUUUGAGAGUGAUAAUGAAGAGGUAUCUAGAGAGCCCACAGCCGAUUCGCUCAAAUUGCCUGCCAUUGACCAAAACAAGGGUGUGGUGCAAGCCUCUGCUAGUCCAACUAGAUCGUCCAGGGCCGCUUCAAAGACUCCAAUCGCAGUAUCAGUCACGCCUGUUACCAAAUCAGUCACACCUGUUACCAAAUCAGUCACACCGAUUAGCAAAAAAGCAGCAUCCCCCAAACCAGAUACUCCUAAGAAAUCUGCUACUCCCGCUGAAAAACCUGCUUCUCCUGUAAAGAAAUCGGUUACACCUUCUGAAAAACCAGCUACACCAGCAAAGAAAUCUGCUACUCCCGCUGAAAAACCGGCUUCACCAACCAAGAAAUCUGCCACUCCUGCCGAAAAACCAGCCACGCCAGCCCAGAAAUCUGCUACACCAGCUGAAAAACCAGCCACUCCUGCUGCAAAACCAGCUACUCCAGCCCAGAAACCGGCUACUCCUGCUGAAAAACCAGCUACCCCAGCCAAAUCUGCCACUCCAGCUGAAAAAUCAGCUACUCCUGCCCAGAAAUCUGCCACACCUUCUGAAAAACCAGCUACCCCAGCCGAAAAAUCGGCUACUCCUGCUGAAAAACCAGCAACGCCUGCCCAGAAAUCUGUCACUCCUGCAGAAAAACCAGCUACACCAGCCGAAAAAUCUGCUACUCCUGCUGCAAAACCAGCAACCCCAGCCAAAUCUGCCACUCCAGCUGAAAAACCAGCUACUCCUGCCCAGAAAUCUGCCACUCCUGCUGAAAAACCAGCAACACCAGCCGAAAAAUCUGCUACUCCUGCUGCAAAACCAGCAACGCCUGCUCAAAAAGCUGCCACUCCUGCUGAAAAACCAGCUACUCCAGCCGAAAAAUCGGCUACUCCUGCUGCAAAACCAGCAACACCUGCUGAAAAACCUGCUGAAAAACCAGCAACCCCAGCCCAGAAAUCUGCCACUCCUGCUGCAAAACCAGCUACUCCUGCUGCAAAACCUGCUACUCCUGCUGAAAAACCACCUACUCCUGCUGCAAAACCUGCUGAAAAACCAGCUACUCCUGCAGCAAAACCUGCUGAGAAGCCAGCCACUCCUGCUGCAAAAUCAGCUACUCCUGCAGCAAAACCUGCUGAAAAACCAGCCACUCCUGCUGCAAAACCAGCUACUCCUGCAGCAAAACCUGCUGAGAAACCAGUCACUCCUGCUGCAAAACCUGCUGAAAAACCAGCUACUCCUUCAGCAAAACCUGCUGAGAAGCCAGCCACUCCUGCUGCAAAACCAGCUACUCCUACUGCAAAACCUGCCGAAAAACCAGCUACUCCUGCUGCGAAACCAGCUACUCCUGCUGCGAAACCAGCUACUCCUGCAGCAAAACUUGCUGAAAAACCAGUCACUCCUGCUGCAAAACCAUCUACUCCUGCUGCAAAACCAGCUACUCCUGCAGCAAAACCUGUUGAAAAACCAGCCACUCCUGCUGCAAAACCAGCCACUCCUGCUGCAAAACCAGCUACUCCUGCAGCAAAACCUGUUGAAAAACCAGCCACUCCUGCUGCAAAACCAGCUACUCCUGCAGCAAAACCUGCUGAAAAACCAGCCACUCCUGCUGCGAAACCAGCUACUCCUGCAGCAAAACCUGUUGAAAAACCAGCCACUCCUGCUGCGAAACCAUCUACUCCUGCAGCAAAACCAGCUGAAAAACCAGCCACUCCUGCUGCGAAACCAGCCACUCCUGCUGCAAAACCAGCUACUCCUGCAGCAAAACCUGCUGAAAAACCAGCCACUCCUGCUGCAAAACCAGCUACUCCUGCAGCAAAACCUGCUGAAAAACCAGUCACUCCUGCUGCAAAACCAUCUACUCCUGCAGCAAAACCUGCUGAAAAACCAGCCACUCCAGCUGCAAAAUCAGCUACUCCUGCUGCAAAACCAUCUACUCCUGCAGCAAAACCUGCUGAAAAACCAGCCACUCCUGCAGCAAAACCUGCUGAAAAACCAGCCACUCCUGCUGCAAAACCAUCUACUCCUGCAGCAAAACCAGCUGAAAAACCAGCCACUCCUGCUACGAAACCAGCUACUCCUGCAGCAAAACCUGCUGAAAAACCAGCCACUCCUGCUGCGAAACCAGCCACUCCUGCUGCAAAACCAGCUACUCCUGCAGCAAAACCUGCUGAAAAACCAGCCACUCCUGCUGCAAAACCAGCUACUCCUGCAGCAAAACCUGCUGAAAAACCAGCCACUCCUGCUGCGAAACCAGCUACUCCUGCAGCAAAACCUGCUGAAAAACCAGCCACUCCUGCUGCGAAACCAGCCACUCCUGCUGCAAAACCAGCUACUCCUGCAGCAAAACCUGCUGAAAAACCAGCCACUCCUGCUGCAAAACCAGCUACUCCUGCAGCAAAACCUGCUGAAAAACCAGCCACUCCUGCUGCAAAACCAGUAACUCCAGCCCAGAAAUCUGCCACUCCUGCUGCAAAACCAGCCACUCCUGCUGAGAAACCAGCUACUCCAGCCCAGAAAUCUGCCACUCCAGCCGCAAAACCAGCUACACCCGCAAAGAAAGCAGCUACUCCUGUCGAAAAAGUGCUCACUCCCAAACCACCCUCCUCACCAAAGCCAAAAAAGGAGGAUAAAAGUAAACCAGCAACUCCUGUGAAGCCUGCAACACCUGCAAAGGCUGCAACACCCGCGAAGCCUGCAACACCUGCAAAGGCUGAAACACCAUCGAAGCCUGCAACACCUGCGAAGGCUGAAACACCAGCAAAACCUGCAACACCCGCGCAGCCUGCAACACCUGCAAAGGCUGCAACACCCGCGAAACCUGCAACACCUGCGAAGGCUGAAACACCAUCGAAGCCUGCAACACCCGCGAAGACUGAAACACCAGCGAAGCCUGCAACACCUGCGAAGGCUGAAACACCAGCGAAGCCUGCAACACCCGCGAAACCUGCAACACCAGCGAAACCUGCAACACCCGCAAAGGCUGAAACACCAUCGAAGCCUGCAACACCUGCGAAGGCUGAAACACCAGCAAAACCUGCAACACCCGCGAAGCCUGCAACACCAACAAAAGCUGAAACACCAGCGAAGCCGGCAACACCUGCGAAGCCUGCAGAACCAACGAUAUCAGAAAAGUGAAGGGUAGCUCGAUAAAAAGAAAUAAGAGACUUUUAGUUUUAUCUUAAGCCGACCAAGUAGAAAGCUCAGAAUCAUAAAAAUAUAUCCUGCCAAUGUUUUAGUUGAUUAUUUUUGUUAAUUUUUCAAUCCUUGACGAGCCUCCUUUUCAAAGAUUCACACCAAGAGAUCCAAAUUUGUUAUAAUAAUAGCAAAUGGUAUAUGGCAGAUACGGAUACUGAUAGUCAGUACAUAGUUACACAGAUAUAACAUACUGAUACUUUUUCUUUUCAGUGAAGAUUGAAGACACAAAUAUGUAAGAAAUUAAUUCUGUUUCCGAAAGUUUUAAUGUAAAGAUUUCUGCUUAUUUUAAAGUGCGAUUACUUUGUAGUUAUUGGCCCUCAUCUUUCCGGCCUUUUAUUGUAUAUUAGGCCGGUCCUAAGUAUGGCCACAAUUCGCAUUUUUUGAAAA